UAGAGAUCGCAAUAAUUCGGUUAAUUGGGUGAUUUAGUGGGCAAAAUUAGGUGUGUCAAUUGUUUUUGUUAGCGAAGCUGAGUUCGGGCAGAGUGUAGUGUCCUCACACAGCGAACAGUUUGCACUGGAGAGGAAAUUGGCAAGCGGCUGAAGCUCUCAAUCACCUUUCAAAAUGUCUUUGGAUCAGCAAUUCAACGAAGCCGCCGAAAAGGUGAAGACCUUCACGAAACGGCCCUCGGACCAGGAACUGCUCGAGCUGUACGCCCUGUUCAAACAGGCCUCGGUCGGGGACAACACCACCGACAAGCCCGGCAUGUUCGACCUGAAGGGCAAGGCCAAGUGGCAGGCGUGGUCGGACAAGAAGGGCACCAGCCAGGAUGCCGCCAAGGAGGCCUACGUUAAGUUUGUGGAGGAACUGACGGCCAAGUAUCUGUGAGAAUUGUUGUAAUAGAACGAAUUUUACGCGGUUUAUUUAUCGAGAGCUUUAAGUUUUGUUCACUAACGUUAAAUUUUAAAUGACAGGGGGGGUGUUUUGUGAUGUAAAAAUAAACGACGGAGUUGUUGAUGCA